UGGCUAUUCAAGAUGUGGCUAUGGCUUUGCAUGGGUAUAGACCCUGCUACUGGUACCACCAGAUUCGGUGGAAACCCAUGUUCGAGGAGGGGCCUUGGAUCACGGAUAUACUUAACUACGACGUGGGAGACGAGAUGAGACUGAGGAUCAACGUGGAAGGAGGGAAAGAGGUGGAGAUGUGGACUAACGAGAAGCUACAGGAUGCUAUCACUGAGACGAAAGAUCGUGUGGAGAGGCGUGGCCAGAGGGACGGCGUGACGACAAAAAUGCAAGUAACGAUCUCGUAUCAUGAGACCGAGACCUCCAUGGACACGGCGGACCUUGAACAAGCCUAUGUGGACAGGGACUCAGGUGGGGAGAGUGAAAUGAGUGAAGCAGGGGAUCGGGAAAUGGACCUCAGAUCCGGGAAUAGACCAGGCGAGAUCCAGAAGCACCACCGGGCGGUGAAGCCUGUGGAAGAGAGACCCGAGGCCAGCUCUCGACAGCUGACGCCCAGAGGCCGCGGGACGAGUGAGAAGCAGGGCAGAGGGAAGAGGCAUGUGUGAGGGCACGAGAGAGAGAGAGGGGGGGGAGGCUGCGCGAAUGAGCGGGUCGCAACCUUGCUAGAUACGGUUGAUGUCAACAGCUGCUUCCACGCUC